GCGUGUUGAAGAAAGGCUGCAGAGACUCGUUUGAAAACAUUUCUGGUUGCAGAAAAAAAGUAUUUGCUAGUUAAAUGGUUGUGACAAGCUGAGCCUAGUAGUUAAGAAAAUAGUAAAACCAUGUCUUAGGGAGACACAUUGUUUACUCGCCAGGCCAGCUGUCGAUGAUGUUUUGCUGGCAAUGAAUAGUUAGCUAGCGAACAUUUAAAAUCACCCUUUGCCGUACCUGCUAGCUAAUUGGAAAGUUUCCCCAAGUGAAUGGGGAAAUGGACCCUACAACAUUUUCAGGUCCCCAUCUCCCUCUAUCCUCCCUGCGUCUCCUGGUGCCACCACUACGUCUGAUGUCUGCAUCCAUGUGGCAAGUGGCUCAGCAGCGUAACGUGAUGCAGUAUGGGAAGCUGGAGGAGUUUGUGACUCUGGUGACAGAGAUGGUUCCGGAGCUCCUGACGCUCAAGCAGAGGGUCCAACUCAUCCUGGGACUGAGAGCGAGGCUGGUUCUUGAAUUGUGUCGUGAUGUGGAGUCUAGCCCAGCUGGCUACAAAAUCAUCCAGCCCCACCUGGACAGAAUCCAUUCAUGCACAACACAUAAAGGGAGCAAAGACACAGAAGUGGAGGCCUCAAAGGAUAACUUUGUGGAUCUGGUCCAAACUCUGCUAGAAGACUCAAUGAAGAGGGAACACUUUUUUCAGGAGGUGUUCCCUGUACAGUACAGCACUAGGUAUGACACAGCGCUGCAGAUACUGGUGUGGCAGUUCUUUGACAGACUGGAGGAGAUGAUGCCAGUGCCCAGCUUUACUCAGACAGCAUCCAUUCUCAACCUGACCCCUACAGAUCUGGAAGAGUGUCAGCAGUCUUUCUCUGAUCCUGAGCAUCUGAAGACACUGCUGCAGCAUCAUAGAAAUCUGGGGCACCUAAAAAAAGAUUUUUUGUUCUAUGACUCUGAUAACAUCCUGUCCACGUUGUCCUUCCUCGCUCCCUCACUGAAGUCUAAGCAUACCAAAAGAGGCAUAGAAGAAGGCACGGUGAAGAACGAGAGCGAUGUGAGGAGAAAGGGAGAGAAGGAAGAGGCUGAAGGACUGAAAGAACAGGAGUGUGGUGAGGGACAGCAAGAAGUCAGUGGGGAGGACGAAGACGCCAAUGAGGGAAGUGAUGGGGGCGCUGAAAGACUGGAAGAGGCUGGGGAAUCCUCUGGGAACUCUGGGCAGCAGAAACAGCCAUCAUUAGUGGCCAUCAAUGGACAAGCUAAAGCCAAGCCCCCCCAGUCCCAGGGCUUUUCCUGCUCACAGUGCCAGUUCUCCAACAGGAGAUGGCUCACCCUUCAGGAGCACAUCAAGAAGAACCAUCCAAAGGAGGACAGUGGGAUCCUGGGCUCUGGAGAAGCUGGAGCUGAGAACAACGUCCUGCCUGUCAGUGAGACGGAAAGCUCCUCAGCCAAGAAGACCAGGAAGAACAAGUACAUCUGCUCCCAGUGUGGGAAGGGUCACAAAUGUUCAUAUGAGCUGAGACGACACGAAACCGUUCACUCUGAGGUGAAGCCCUUCCAUUGUGACCAGUGUGAGAAGAGAUACAAAACAAAGGUGGCUCUAAAACAGCACCAUCGAGUUCACACUGGAGAAAGGCCAUAUGUUUGCUCACAUUGUGGCAGAGGCUUUAGGUCUGCGGGAACUUUACAAUCACAUGUACGCACACACACCGGGGAGCGACCUUUUGUCUGUUCUAUAUGUGGGAAGGGAUUUAUUCAACAUCAAAUACUGAUAGGUCACCUCCGGUGGCAUAGAGGGGAGAAGCCGUUCUUAUGUACCGUUUGUGGAAAGAGUUUUAGUACUUCAGGUGCCUUGUUGGUACACUCCCGAACACACACGGAUGAACGCCCCAAAAGCUGUGAGCAUUGUGGGAAGAGGUUUAGAAGAUGUUACGAUCUCACAAUACAUCGGCGGAUCCACACUGGUGAGCGGCCGUUCUCCUGCACACAGUGCGACAAAUGCUUCACGUCCCACAGCGACCUUAGCAGACACAUGCGAAUUCAUACAGGAGAGAAACCUUACCAGUGUAGAAUGUGCGAUCGGAGAUUCACUGAAAGCGGCAACCUGAAAGUACACCAGCGGGUUCAUCGGGGAACAGCCACAAAUGUACGAGUUUCAGUGUGUAAUAUCAGUACGGCCCACCACAAGUCACCAAGUGUGGCAAGAAAGAAGGAAAGAAAGAAAGACAAUGUUCCACCACUCCUUGUUGGACAGGAGUUGCCGUAG